UCAUUUACUUGCAGCCCCGCCCCUCUCGGGCGGGCCUACCCGCCGCGAGGACCUCUGGGAAGAGGCGGGGAACAAUAUGGCGGAUGGCGAGGAGCCGGAGAAGAAAAGAAGGAGAAUAGAGGAGCUGCUGGCUGAGAAAAUGGCUGUUGAUGGUGGGUGUGGGGACACUGGAGACUGGGAAGGUCGCUGGAACCAUGUAAAGAAGUUCCUCGAGCGAUCUGGACCCUUCACACACCCCGAUUUCGAACCAAGCACUGAAUCGCUGCAGUUCUUAUUAGAUACAUGUAAAGUUCUAGUGAUUGGAGCUGGUGGCUUAGGAUGUGAGCUCCUGAAAAACCUGGCCUUGUCUGGUUUUAGACAGAUUCAUGUUAUAGAUAUGGACACUAUAGAUGUUUCCAAUCUAAAUAGGCAGUUUUUAUUUAGGCCUAAAGAUGUUGGAAGACCCAAGGCUGAAGUUGCCGCAGAAUUCCUAAAUGACAGAGUUCCUAACUGCAAUGUUGUCCCACAUUUCAACAAGAUUCAAGAUUUUAACGACACUUUCUACCGACAGUUUCAUAUUAUUGUAUGUGGCCUGGACUCUAUCAUAGCCAGAAGAUGGAUAAAUGGAAUGCUGAUAUCUCUUCUAAAUUAUGAAGAUGGGGUGUUGGAUCCAAGCUCUAUUGUCCCAUUGAUAGAUGGGGGGACAGAAGGCUUUAAAGGAAAUGCCCGGGUGAUUUUGCCUGGAAUGACUGCUUGUGUUGAAUGCACUCUGGAACUUUAUCCACCUCAGGUCAAUUUUCCCAUGUGCACCAUUGCAUCUAUGCCCAGGCUCCCAGAACACUGUAUCGAGUAUGUAAGGAUGUUGCAGUGGCCCAAAGAGCAGCCUUUUGGAGAUGGAGUUUCAUUAGAUGGAGAUGACCCUGAACAUAUUCAAUGGAUUUUCCAAAAGUCUGUAGAGAGAGCAUCACAAUAUAAUAUUAGAGGUGUUACCUAUAGACUCACUCAAGGGGUAGUAAAACGAAUCAUUCCUGCAGUAGCUUCUACAAAUGCAGUCAUCGCAGCUGUGUGUGCCACUGAGGUUUUUAAGAUAGCCACAAGUGCAUACAUUCCCCUUAAUAAUUACUUGGUAUUCAAUGAUGUAGAUGGACUGUACACAUACACAUUUGAAGCAGAGAGAAAGGAAAAUUGUCCUGCAUGUAGCCAGCUUCCUCAAAACAUUCAGUUUUCCCCAUCAGCUAAACUACAAGAGGUUCUAGACUAUCUGACCAAUAAUGCUUCCCUGCAAAUGAAGUCUCCAGCUAUCACAGCCACAUUAGAGGGGAAGAACAGGACACUUUACUUACAGUCAGUAACAUCUAUUGAAGAACGGACAAGGCCCAAUCUUUCCAAGACAUUAAAAGAAUUGGGACUCGUUGAUGGACAAGAACUGGCUGUUGCUGAUGUCACCACACCACAGACUGUGCUCUUCAAACUUCAUUUUACUUAAUCUAUGUAUAAUAGAAAAUUCAUAGAAAUAAUAUACUCUGUGAAUGUUAAGGAAUCUAAUUGAAGAGCAGGGAAGAUGAGCAGAGGAGACACCAAAACAGGAAAUGUAAUUGAUGUCAUUUUUAGCAUUCGUGUCACUAGAGUUUGACUUUUAUAUAUACAUAUAUAUAUAUAUAUAAAAAAAAAAUGAAUGCCUCUUUUUUAACUUUAUAAGUUUCUCUUGAAAAUUGAACUUUGGGGUUGGGCUAGUAGCAUUUUCAUUAGUAAUAUGUAAAACGAUGCCUGGAGAGAAAGAUUAUGAACAAAUGUAUUGGUUCUUUAAAGCAGGACAAAUACUGUCUUUUGUGUGAGUUUGUUAUUAUGGUCAAAGAACAUAAUCCUCAGCUCGUAUUUGAGCAUCCACAUGUAUAGAAAUGUAUCCUUGAGUGGAAAUGAGGAAUUAUGUUUUAAGAACAUUAAAUAUUACAACCUGACAUCUAGAGUAUAUCAGACAUAGACUGUUUCUUCAUUACUACUCAUAUAAUUGUGGCUAUCCAAAUGUGUAUUAAUUAUUGUAGAGUUUAACUUGUCCAUAAUAAUUUGUAAACAGUAUUACAGAUUAAUUCUUGUGCAUGGAAAUAUUAAGUAUUUUCAUGUGUUUAUUUGCAAUGCCAUAGAGGUCAGUGUGCACAAACUUAAACCAAGACAAUGGGUAUUCAAAGAAAAUGAAUGUUUAAACAGUUAUCACUGAUGCUUUUGCACUAUUUAUUAAUAAAGUCAUACAUUGUCUACUUUUUAUUGAAAA